AUGAGUCCCAAGAACGUAAUCUUCAAGAAGAUGGCCAAGGACAAGUCGGUUGGAGUAUACAUGGCGAAGAGGGACUUUGUGGAUCGUGUGGACUCUGUCGAGCCAGUGGAUGGUGUCAUACUGGUUGACCCUGAGGUCCUCAAAGGGAAAAAAGCGUUCGUCCAGCUGUCCUGCACGUUCCGGUACGGUCGUGAAGAUAUGGACGUGAUGGGAAUUGCCUUCCGUAGGGAGAUCUACAUAGCCAUCCGUCAGGUGUAUCCGCCCAUACAGGACAGGGAACAGUCCACACACACCAAGAUGCAGGGCAAACUGCUGCGCAAACUGGGAGACAAUGCCUUCCCUUUCUUUUUCGAGUUCCCUGAUAACCUGCCUUGUUCAGUGGGUUUGCAGCCUGGCCCUAAUGAUUCUGGGAAGCAAUGUGUCGUGGAGUUUGAGGUCAAAGCCUUCAGUGCGGAGAGCCAGGAGGCCAAAGUUCGCAAACGGAGUACCGUGCAUCUGAUGAUCCGGAAGCUGCAGUAUGCCCCGGAGAAUAGCGGGACGGCCCCCUCUGUGAAGACCACCCGUGAGUUUGUCAUGUCCGACAAGCCCCUGCACCUGGAGGCGAGUCUUGACAAGGAGAUCUACUACCAUGGAGAGCCCAUUAAUGUGUGUGUCAACGUCACAAACAGCUCCAACAAGAAUGUGAAGAACAUCAUUGUCUCUGUGGACCAGGUGGCCACUGUGGUGUUGUAUUCCAAUGACAGCUACGUGAGGGCAGUGGCCUUAGAGGAAUCUGGGGAUGCUGUUGCUGCUGGUGCAAGCCUGAAGAAAGUGUACACCCUCACUCCCCUAUUGGUCUGCAACCGGGACAGGCGGGGCAUAGCUCUUGAUGGCAAGUUGAAGCAUGAAGACACUAAUCUGGCAUCGUCUAGCAUUGUUAAAGAAGGUGUGCUGAAGGAGGUUCUGGGAAUCCUGGUGUCAUACAGAGUCAUGGUUAAGCUCAUCAUCGGCGGAAUAUUGGGAUCUAGUGAGGUGGGAGUAGAGCUGCCACUCACACUGAUGCACCCAAAACCUGACCUCGUGAGGGAAAGCGAGCUGGAAGAGGAGAUGGUGUUUGAGGAGUUCAAGCGCUCCUACAUGAAGGGGAUGGCCGACGAUGAAGAGGAGGGCAACGUGUCUACAGGAGACGCCGCUUCCUGAGCAGGGCCCCUCGUCGCUGGCCAAGCAGCCUCUGUCACAGCACCCCUUUGUGGUUGCCUCCAGUACUCCAUGCAAUGAGAAUGGAAAACGGUGAUAGUAUUGAGUAAAAAGUAUAACGAUAG